UUGAGUUGUGUUUUGUUUACAAAUCAUUUCAACGCAAAUGUAUUGAACAACAACAUUACUAUUGAAUGCAAACCACAGACAACCCGAAGAAGAGGACAAAUAUGUUAUCAAUUGAUCUGAACUGCAAUUACGUGAUGUUUGGCUCGUUUCAGAGUCGCGCCAAUCAUCUGAAGAUCACAUCCCAAGACAUUGCCAUCUCCUGUGCGGACGAGAAGGGUGUCGACUACACCGUUGCGGUCGCUUUCAAAGACAUCGUUGAGUUGAAGUUUUGCAAACAUUUCUCCAUUUCUAGCAUUUGUCUCAAAGCGGACAAACAGUCCAACGAUCACAUCACCCGACACUUGGCCCUCAACCGCGAGUCCAUCACUUCAUUCAAGUUUAAUGUCAACUCUUCUGAUAUUAGCGAUCACUUCAUAACCGCCGUUAUGUCCGAACAAUUGACUCAAGAAGUGGUCGAUUAUAUCCAACUCUUGUCCUCCGAGUACUCGCACAUGAAUUGCUACGAAAUCAGUGGCGAAGAAGUGAAGAAUGCAUUGAAACAGAUUAUGAACCGAAUUAAAGACACAUUAGUUAUGACACAAGCCAUAGAAGAUGCCUCGCUGCCGAUCACCGAAUCUGAGUCCCAAAUGAAAGAGUCUGCGAGCGAUGAGUCGAUUGCCAAAAAUAUAGCCAUUUUGUGUCCAAAUCAUAAGAUAACUGAACCAUUGGAUGAGAUGUGUUGCCAACCGACGGACAUCAUGUUUGGCACGUUUGAAGUGUCGGUCUCUGAAUUGCUGUUCACCCGAGGAAUGAUCAAGUUUUUGGACAUUAGGAAAGAGAAGAAUCGGUCGAAACUGGAACAGCAUUUCUAUAUUCAAUAUAAUUUUAUCGAUGAAAUUAUAUAUAAUUUCCAAAUCUCUACCAUUUCUUUAAUCAUUCGCUUAAGCGAUAAGUUAUGCGCAAAUGUCCAUCAGUUCCUCAAGAUUGGAAACAUUGACUCUAAACGGGUCUUCGAUAUCAACUCUAAUGAUCUCAGAGAAAACUAUUUAAUCAUAAGAUUUGAAUCACAAUUUCCGCAAAUAUUCUGGAAUUUCUUGAAUGGCAUCGAAAAGCAGUUCACGAAUCUGUCGUUACGUCAAAAGAAUGACAAAUUAAUGACACUUUUGUGCGAAAGCACUAAAAGUCAGGUCUUAUUGUUGUCGAAGAAUUAUUUGGAGAAUAAAGUGAAAGAAUUGAGUUCUGAAUGCAAUGGUUUGAAACGAAAAUGCGAUCAAUUAGAAGAUAAUGAGUUGUUUUGUGCCAUUUGUCUCGACAAGAGGUCCUCACUAUUGACACGAAACGUGAAAUUAGUGUCCACUCUAUGCGGACACGUCUUUUGCAGGGAGUGUCUGAAGGGUGCGCUCAAAGUGCGUAACGCCUGUCCCUAUUGUGUCCGUCAUUUCCCGCGAUCGCCGAAAGGGCGCAUAAAUCCCGUCUAUCACGAGCUUCACGUCUAA